AAGCCCACUUGAACGAUGUCCCGAAAGGCGGCACCUCGAGAAAUUAUGGCAUUCAUCAAAAGCAGUGACGCACCAUCCAAACAUCAGAUCAGAAGUAGAAGAGGGGAUCGCAUAAAACCUCCAGUGGGCAAUGAGACCACCACAUUGCUUCUCGUUAGCCAGGCUCGUCGACAAGGCAAGAUGGUGUACACGUGGUGCCUGUUAACUUGCUUCCUGGGUCUCACCCUCGGAUUUGCUAUUGAUCAAGAGACAACUUCUAUCAAACCCCUCAUUUUGGAUGAUCCUCCUAUGGUCACUCUGGAUCUGGAAGGAGACCCACCCGCUGUUUCUCCUUCAAGAGAGACCACAACCGCUGUCCCCGUCCUGCGAAAAGAAGACAUCGGAGGGUUUGAGAACGUCAACCCCUCUCAUGUCAACGGCGAAGAGCUGUUUGAAGCUGACAUCUUGCUGUCUUCUGAGCAGAGAAGGCAAUUGCUGGAGAGGAAGGCCAUACCAUUCACUUCCAUGCGGUGGCCAAAUGGACCAAACGGAACUCCAGUUGUGCCUUACAAGUUUGGAAGCACAGCUGUGAAUACAGCAGCGGUAAGGGCAGGGCUGGCUCACUGGGAGGAGCAUACUUGCAUUGAAUUCCAGCUAAUCAAUGGUACUACUCCAAGCACCUACUUGAACUUCAUUAACGGCACUGGGUGCUGGUCAUAUGUUGGAAUGCAGUCAACACCACAAGAUUUAUCUAUUGGAAAUGGAUGCACUGGACUGGGGACUGUUGCUCAUGAGGUGGGCCACGCCAUGGGAUUCUACCACGAGCAGUCCCGUUCUGACAGGGACGACUAUGUUUCUAUCAUUUUCGGAAACAUACAAGCGGGCAAAGAGGGAAACUUCCAAAAAGAAGUUGACAACAACUACUCAGUCAAAUACGAUUUCUCAUCAGAUUUGCAUUAUGGUUCAGAUUACUUCUCCGUGAAUGGAAAAAAUACAAUAGCAACAAAAAAUCCGUUAGCCCAAGAACUUAUCGGCCAAAGGAAUGGGCUGAGUCACUACGAUAAGCUAUUGGCGAACACGAUGUAUCCAUGCAUUACAAAAUGGAUGCAGAAUUGCAGCAUAUCCACGAACCCUUGUCAGAACGAUGGCUACAUUGGUAAAAACUGUACCUGUGUUUGUCGCAGCGGAACAAGUGGCGCUAACUGCGAGAUUAUUAAUCAAAGCUACUACGAUAGUCUUAUCUCAGGUUGUUCAGCGAAUGUUACUGCACCAGGAACAAUAACAUCUCCCAACUACCCUAGUAAUUACCCAGCAGGUGCAAGAUGCGUAAAAUGGAUCCAGGGCCCUCAAUGUACCAUUGUGAAGAUAAAGUUCAAUUCUUUUAGACUUUAUGGAAAAAAUUCUUACUGUGGUGGAAACCUCUGCUGUUAUUUCGACGCCCUGGAGAUAAGGACCACCAACCUUACUGUUGGUGAAGUUUACUGUGAUCAAGAUAUUGCUGCAGGAACAAAUUUUACUUCUUCAAGCAAUCAGAUGAUCCUCUUCUUCAGGACAGCAUCAAACUUCUAUCCUGGAUGGUCUGCUGAUGUGACCUUUGAACCUGAUCCUUCAUGUCCUACAAGUACGAGCACAACAACGAGUACGAGCACAACCACGAGUACGACCACCACUACGAGUACGACCACAACUACCCCCACCACCACGAGUACGACCACAACUACCCCCACCACCACGAGUACGACCACCACUACGAGUACGACCACAACUACCCCCACCACCACGAGUACGACCACAACUACCCCCACCACCACAACCACAACAACCAAGGCUCCUACUAGUGAUAAAUGCAAUAAAGUGCAGUUGAGUUCCACCUCAAUGCAAUGGACGUCUCCCAACUUUGGUCUGGGUAAUUACCCCAACAAUGAAUCCUGUUCACUUCCAUUAUCAUCGACUUCUCCAGCAUGGCUUGAGUUGCAGCUGAAUAGAUUCAGUUUGCACAGCACGGAUCAAGUUUCUUUCCUGCGGCCAACCACCACCACUCUUGUCCUGAAAAACAACCAGAGCGGCGUCAUGAAGCUUCCGUCUAUGAACACCGUCGCCAGCUUCUACAACAGCGCCACCGGAAACGGCGUCGGAUUCAACAUCACGAUCAACAGCAGGAACACCAGUUGUCAUCAGCUAAUCACCACAGGCGGCGUCGGAGACAAUGGUACAAUAGCUGCUCCAGCGCUGCCCAACAAUGCCUGGCAGAUGAAAGCUUGUGAAUUCUGGAUUAGGUCUCCGACAGGAACUAAGAUUCUGCUUACCUUCACCAAGAUGACUAUGACCACCACAUGUUCGGCGAACAGCGUCAUUGUGAAUAAAGAUGGCAACGUCGCGUAUCCCACGGCUACCAGCAAAACAUUCUGUGGAACGGCCCUUCCAGCACCAAUCAAUUCUACAGCAAAUGCAAUCAAUGUGCUCUUCUUCAGUACAACAAGUAAUAAGGUCUUCGAAGCCAAGUGGUCCGUGGUUGUAUAAAACGUGAGAUUCUUGAACUGCCUGCCUCACAUUGUCAGCAUUUCAUCGAGUUGAUUUGAGAGGAAUUUUGAACUCUGAAGUUUUAUAUCAUAUGCAAGUCAUGAAAGAGCAACCCACUUUGAAACUUCAAAUUAUACAUAUGUAACGAUAUGGCACUGAGCUGCCCAUCUUUUGGCCUGCUAUUUUAAGCAAAUAAAGGUAAUUGCAUCACA